ACACUGAAUUUCUGCGUACAACGAAAGACGAGACUGUGCUAUCCCCAAAUACUCUGACUCUGAGGUGACCAGAGAACUUUUAGGCACGCCUAACCAGAAUUGCCACGUAAGCACAAGCGUACGGACACGGACGGAGUCGUACUCAUUCCUUCAGCGUUAUAAAUUUGGGCGGGACUUGUAAUAAAAAUAUUAUGGUUCCCAUAUUUGAUCUCUCUUUCUUCAUUUCAAUUUUCUCUGCUUUUCUCCCUUUUCUCUCAGAUACACACUCACUACUACGAAAAGAGGAGUCGGCCACAUGGGUGAUCGCGCGGGAUCAGUGCCUCUUCCUCGUUCGGUGGAGGAAAUACUGGACAAGAUUUGCUUCACUCAGCACCUGUUGAAGGCGGACGACUUGGCAAGGCAAAAGUUGGCUGCCGCCGGAGAAGAAUUGGCACUUGAGAAGCUCAGGAUACUAGCCACUAGAAAGGUUGAUAACCUCUCUAAAUACAUUAUGUUCAUGUUCUCACAGUCUUUAUCUCCUUCGCGUUCUCCUCCUUCCAAACGGAAACUUCUCCUUCCCUACGAACCUCAUUCUCCGCCCUCUUCUUCUCCCAACACGCGCACGGUCCCGCUUUUCAAGAAAACGCGAGGUAUUACCGGUCGCCCCAUUCCUUGCUCCCUCAAUUUAGAGACUGGGACUCCCUUACAAACUGAAGCAGAGGCAGCGUUAGAAGCUUUAGGGGAAAUGGAGUUUAAUAAGCAGUUCUUAAUCUUAAACUACAUUGCCGGAAAUGAGCUUCAUAAGGUUACCACGGCUGAAGAUAUUAGGAGCCUGAAUCAACUUACGAUGGUGCGGUUUGAAGCAGAAGUAUGGAGACUCUUUGGUCAAAGAUACGUCAAAAAAGAAGAUCGUCGCAUGUAUGACGAUUGGGAUGUUAAAGGAAGAACGUAUAUCUAUGAUUGCUAUGUUUCUACAGAAGGAAGUUACAGGUUCAAGGGCCCCUUUUUAAGCAACACAAAAACUCACUUACAAAAGGUUCUAGGGGAUGACAAUAUUUUGAGAGUAAAGUUUGCUGAGGAGCUAAGUGGAAAUUCUGGUACUGAUUUACGUGAUCAUUACUAUGCCGGUUAUAAGAAGAUAGCAAGAGAAGGGAUCUUAGUUGGUUUACGCCGGUAUUGCUUUUUCGUUUUCAAAGAUGGUGGAAAUCAAGAGAAGAGGAAAAAUCCAAAUUCAUCACCCGUGAAGUGUUUCUUUGUUCGCAUCCAUUCAGAUGCACGAAUUGAUCAAAAGACACAUUACUGUUUAUCUAACAAAACAAUUUCUGAAGCAAGAAAGCUAUUUAUGCAUGCACACAAAGUGUCUAGUGUGGCCAAUUAUAUGGCUAGGUUUUCUCUUAUUUUGUCAAAAACAUACACAUUAAAUAUUGACCUCUCUUCUGUAAAUGUCAAAAUAGUUCCAGAUGUUCAGUGUGCAGAUGAACAUGGUAAUCCUAUGUCUAGAGAUGGUAAAGCACUCAUUCAUACAGAUGGAACAGGUUUCAUAUCAGAGGAUUUGGCUGUGAAGUGUCCAAAAAAUUUACAUGAGGGGAGACUUCUCAAAAAUGAGGAUGCGGAGAUAUUUCUUAAUCUUAAUCAUGACGAGCAUGGGGACAAUGUUAUGGAAACAAAUGACCAAGAAAUUGAGACACAAGAACCACCUAUGUUGAUGCAGAUGCGCUUGUUUAACGAAGGCUACGCUAUGAAAGGAACCCUUCUUGUGAACAAGAAGCUUGAACCCAAAACAAUUGAGGUUCGAUGUUCGAUGGUAAAAGUUGAGCAAGAUACAGAACUUCAGAAUAUUCAUACUAAGAACUCAUUGGAAGUAAUCGGAACAAGUAAUCGACCAAAGAAAGCUUACUUGUCAAGGAAUUUGAUUGCACUUUUAAGCUACGGAGGGGUCCCAGAUAAAUUCUUCACUGGUUUACUUAGAAAGGCUUUGAAAGAAGCUCAUGGUGCUUUCAGGAAUAAGUCUGCUGCAAUGAGAGUUGCUAUGAACCAUGGGGCCAUGGACAAGGAUUCAACAGUUGAAAGAAUGAUUUCUUGCGGUAUUCCUCUUGAAGAGCCAUAUUUGCAACAUCGACUAUCUAUACUUCUUAAGGAGCAAAAGAUGAGCCUCAGAGGGGGAAAGCUUUGUGCUGAUGACUGUUAUUAUUUAAUGGGAACAGCCGAUCCUACUGGCAAACUUAAAAGUGAUGAAGUUUGCAUUGUGCUUGACAAUGGACAAGUUUCUGGAAAGGUUUUGGUGUAUCGGAAUCCUGGAGUUCACUUUGGUGAUGUUCACGUUCUAAAGGCUACUUAUGUGGAGGAACUGGAAUCUUUUGUUGGAAAUGCGAAGUAUGCCAUAUUCUUUUCCAGAAAUGGACCAAGGUCAAUUGCUGAUCAGAUUGCAGGGGGAGAUUUUGAUGGAGAUAUGUAUUGGAUCUCACGAAAUUCCGAGCUAUUGCAACAUUUUAAGCCAAGUGAACCUUGGAGUCCGAAUUCCUCGGUACGGAAGGUUGAAGGUAAAACACCUGAGGAGUUUGAAGAGGAAGAAUUAGAGGACAAGCUUUUUGAAUUGUUUUUGAAGACUAGAUUUCAACCAAGUUAUGCAAUGGGAGAGGCAGCAGACAGCUUGACAGCAUUAAUGGAUCGAGUUUUGACUCUGGGAGAUGACUGUGCUGAAGAGAAAAACAUUGUCAAGGACAAGAUAAGCAAGUUAGUUGACAUAUAUUAUGAUGCAUUGGAUGCCCCUAAGAAAGGAGCAAAGGUUGAGGUUCCAAAAGAUCUGAAAACGAAAGUCUUUCCUCAUUAUAUGGAAAAGAAAAAUAGUUACAAGUCUACGUCCAUCCUGGGAAAAAUUUACGAUGAGGUGAUGGAAUAUCAAGCAGAGGAUCAUUCAAGCAAAGAGAUCUGGAAACUGGCUCAUUUCGAAGUUGAUGUCCCUCAAGACUGCUUAAACCGAUGGAACUUGCACUACGAAGAAUACAGGAAAGAAAUGAAUAAUGCCAUGACGAUCGAUGAUCGUGAUGUCAAAAACCAGACUUCAAAUCAGAUUAAAAGAAAGUAUAAGAUGAUACUUUAUGAGGCUGAAGAAUUUGAAAACAGUAAAAGGAAUAUAGAUGACAUACACAAUGAGGCACUAGCGAUAUACCAUUUGAUUUAUGACUACGCCAAAAGUAAAGGUGGUGCCAGUUAUUGUUCAUUUGCAUGGAACAUAGCUGGUCCAGCUCUCUUCAACCUUCUCAUCUCCAAACAAACUGGUGAGAGGGUCAUUCAUUGCCUUCCGUCUAUUUUACGUGAGCUAAUUUAAUGAUUAAAUAUGGGUAAUUUCAUUUUAAGUAGAAGUACUAAUUAUAUAGGUGACUUGGUUGUAUGAUAAUGUGUAUGGUUUUUCCGUUUAAGCAUGCCAUGUCAAUUCUCACGGGCCA